AUGCCGGCGAUGCCGCCGCGCAAAAGGGCUUCGUCAUAUGCUCAGCGCCAUAGCCGCCAGCUCGAGAUGGAAGAUCCGCGACUUGCUAUAAGGUGCCAACUUAAGAAGAUGUAUGUACGUGGAGCUCGGACACCAUCUCCUCGCCCUCUCGACAUGUCGGACCCCGGUUUAUUCGCCUCUUUGCACCAACUUCUUUCGGUACAAAACCUGAGUCUUGUUUGUGCCGGUAUAUAUUUUCAGGAUCUGAUCGCCCACUUGGAUUUCGACUGGGAUCUCCUUCGACGCCCCGAAAAGGAUCGUGCUCCUGCGGCGCGCAUCGCCAAGUGGACCUACCUCGCUUGCCGAUUCCUCCUCAUAAUUGCCGAACUUUGUCAAAUACUGUUGACAUUUCUAUCGCAAGCGGAUUGCGGAGCCAUGAUCAAACUUCAAACCAUCAGCAGCUUUCUAUCUAUCUCUUGUUGUUCAUCGUUGUUAUCCAUCAGGGUUGCGGCCGUUUGGAGAUGGGAUAAGCGCAUCAUCGCAGUGCUCACGGCGGUGUUAUUAGCACUGCUAGGCUUCCUAAUCUACCUGUGUGUAGGAGAACUCACGUUCAAUACUCAUGGGGCCAGUAUAGACGGCUGCACCUUCGGUGAUGUGGUACAUGUCAAUCUCCCACCGUCCAUAGGCAUCCUUGUCUGCGACUGUACUAUCUGCACUCUUCUCCUCGCAGGAUUGCAGUUCAAGUGGCGCGAUGCUCGCGACUUCCGCAUGUGGCGUAUACUUUGGUCCCAGGGCCUACUAUAUCUAUUCCUAGCGACAGCGGUGGAAGUUCCAGCACUGGUGCUGUUGAUCCUGAACCUCAGUGAUGCGAUGGACGGGAUGCUUGUCACAGUGGAAGUCCUCGUUCUGGGUAUAGGCGCGACACGCAUGUUCCGGUCACUCAAUGCUACCGUUCGAGAGGACGAGGAUGCUGAACAUUUUACCCAUGCGAAAUCAAUUCCGGGGCAUCAUGAUGACGACCCAUCGAAUGGCAUACGACUGAGAGUCUUCCGAAGGCGAUGA